AUGAGGUUGUGGACAAUGGUGCUAAGUGGUGGUGAUGUGUUUGAGACUAGGUAUGGCUACAAUGGAUACAAUGUUGAUUUAGCCAAUCACACUUGCACCUGCAACUUGUGGAUGUUGUCGGGCAUACCAUGUAUGCAUAGUCAAGCUGCAAUCAACUAUGUCCACAAAGAUCCAAGUCAAUUCCUUUAUUCUUGGUUCCAUAAGGACAAAUAUGUUGCAACCUACAGUCAGAACAUACAACCUGUAGGUGGAAGCAACUUGUGGCCAAUGACUGAGUUUAUUAAACCAUUACCACCCCCCGUUAGAAGGAUGCCUGGAAGACCCAAAGUAAAUAGAGUGAAGCAUGCAUCUGAAUCACAAGAUGCCAAAUACCCCUCACAAAGGUUAAAGGUUACUAGGACUGUGAGGUGUGGAAAGUGCCAACAACUUGGGCAUAAUAAGAUUUCAUGCACAAAUAAUGAGGUACCUAAGCCCCCUGUCCCAAAAAGGAAGAUUGGAAGACCUAGGAAAGAUGGGGGAGGCCAACCUAUCUUUGACCAAUUCCCUCCAGUUGAGUCUGCUAUACCAAGAAGUGAUGUUGCUCCUCCCCUAGUUUCAGAAUGUGGUGAUCAAGUUGGUGGGCCUGAUAUACCAAGAAGUGAUGUUACUCCUCCCCUAGUUUCAGAAUCUGGUAAUCAAGUAGGUGGUCCUAAUGUUAGUCCUCUGAAAAGGACUAAGAUGAUGGCAAGGAGAGGAGGGAAAACUAAAGUGUCCGGAUCAAGGAACAAAACACCAAAGAAAACACCUAAUGGUAAGAAACAUAAGAGUGAAGCAAAGGACGAUGUGUCCCUAACCUGUGAUGAGGAUUUUGUUGAUCUUUUUACCCAUGCACCUACUGGUAAGCAAGGUAUGAGUCAAGCAAAAGAGGAUAUUCAGGAACAAGAACAUGAUGACAAUGAGGUGAAUGUGAGUGAAAGACUUACUUUACAGGAGUUGCUGAUGUCUAGAUAUACACAUACUGAAGCAGUGGCUGCUAUGAAAGAGGUUUAUGGAAAGGUUGAGGAACAACAGAUUGAAGAAAAAGAGGCUGAGGAAGGAGUUGAAGAGGUUGAAGAAAAAGAGGAUGCGGAAGAAGUUGAAGAGAGAGAGGUUGAGGAACAACUGAUUGAAGAAGGAGAGGUUAAAUGGUAUGAUAGUGGUUUGUGGGAAGCAUUGUAA